CAACAAACAAACACACAGACUCGUUUACUGUCUCUCUCUCAAUCUCUGAGUAUUCUCUCUCGCUAAUGGAGCCUGCUCAGAUCGACUGGAAGCGAAUCGAUUCACGCUUUGUGGAAGACGUCUUCUACGAACACCUCCGAGCUCCCAAAUAUUUCGACUUCUUGGCCCCUAACCACUUACAAGACUCCGUAGACGAUGACGCUUGGUUCUGCAAACCUGAUUGUAAUCAUCCCAAGAGACCUGAAGAUUUCUUCCAAACCCCAACUUCUUCCAAGCAUACGAAUCAGACACCAGGAUCUAGCACAGAGAAGAAUCAAAGGAGGAAGGGACAUGAAGACAGUGAAAACAAGAAUCCAAACUCAACCACGCCUCCAAGAUCAUGGCGAGCAGCACUCAAGUCAUCUUCCGCCAAGAAGAUGAGUAAGGAGACACCGAAGCUAAAGAGCACACAAUCAGCUAGGAAUCUGUUCUCAGGGAGAGAUUUGUUUGGACACAUCUCAGAGUUCUGCUAUGAGUUGAAGAGAUUGGCUACAAGGGUUACUGAGAGAGAAGAUACUACUGGGAAGGUUGAAGUGAAUCAGCCUUACUCUGUUCAUGAGUUGGAGUUGAAGAAGGAAAGAAAGCCGUUGCUGGAAGUGAGCAAAGAGAAGGUUUAUGAGUCCACUGAUGUUAAAGGAAAUGCGUUUAAGGAGAACCGUAGAAGGAAGAAGAGAAUGGAUGAUACGGAGAAUAUUCCUGUCUCUGUUAAUGUGGAGAAUGUAGUAAAGAUGAAAGGAGAGGAGUGUAGAAGAAUUAAGAGAGUGGAUGAUGCAGAGAAUAUCCUUACGCCUCUGAAACUUGGGAAUGUAAAGAACAAAGGGCACGAGCGGUUACUGCAGCAGAUAAGAACAAACCCACCAUCUCCUCAGUGCUUCUCAGAGAACCGGACAGCUUCUUUGAAGGCCUUGAGUACCAAACCUACGGAAAAGGGAGUGGUUGAAGAAGUGGUGAAGAGAAAGGAGGAAGAAGAGCAGAGCAGAGACAGUAACAACAACAAAGAAGGGAGGGCUUUGGACGUUCUCUGGUUCUUAAAGCCUUGCUCAAUGGCCAACUAAAAUACUUUUUUUCUUUACCAAGUUUCUUUCUAUAUUUGAUUCAUUCUUUUUUUUUUUUUGUUUAAGUUCAUUUCAGAUGAUCAUGCUCAGAUUCAAGAACAUGUAAUGUUCUGAGCAAUUUGUAUCAUCAAUCUCACCUUACAUACAAUAAAAUAAAAUUUGUUUAAAUAAAUAGAGGUUGCAAGAGAACAA